AUAUUUUAAUGUUCAAAUUAAUUUUGAUGCAUUUUUGUGUGUGUGACGAAAGUUGCCGAAAAUAGCAACUCAAAGUCACGCACAGUGUGUGUAAUUUAUGAUGCGCAUUCUCCGUGCACUAAGAACUUCAUUAAGAACACAAAAACAAACCCCAGCUUAGCGAUAAAAUAAUUCAAAUGAAAACCAACCGCCUCAUAUCAUAAAAAUUAAUGAGAAAAACAGUUUGAAAUUAAAUUCAAUGGCAAUGAAUAAGUUGACACGUUCAAGCACAAUUUAAAAAAUUUAUUCCAUAAUUCCACAAUUAAAAACAUUUUCAUUCUUAUUGUUUCAUUCUUCGGUAGAAGAUAGAAAGAAAAUAUUUUAUUUUACGAGAGAAUUUAGAAAAUUUCAUUAAUUAAUUGAUAAAAUUGCAAAAUAAAAUUAAAAGGUAUUUCAUACAAAAGAGAAGACCAACCAAAUGGUAAAGUUUACCUAAUUGAUCAGGCUAAAACUUGGUGGGUAAACGUUUUGGAGAUCCCACUUAAAAAUAAAUUGUGGUUGUAAAUAAUUGUUUCGACCGAUUGGCCAACCGUUCAAUAAUCUAAAUAUUGUCUUUAAACGUCUCUAGAACACACCAACUGUGAGAGCAUUCAUUAACCCUUUCGCAUUUUUUGGGUCAAACAUAGACCCAAACGUGAAAUAUUUUAUUUUCUUGAAAUUCAAUUAAUUUAAUAAUUUUUUUAUAAAUAGGAAUGAGAUUAAUUUACGUAAAUGAGGCCAAAAAAGAGACGUUCUGAUGGAAAAAUGUUUUUUGAGAGCAUUCAGAACUAACCAUUUAACCUUUUCAUGUCCACGUGAAACAUAGAAAUAUUGAAACAUGGCACUCUUUUUAUCACGAUAUUUAUUCUAUGGAAGCUCUCAGAGAGCAUUUCUCUAGCAAAACGUCUUCUUUGGCCUAUUCUGCGUGAAUUUAAUACAUCGCGUAGCACAUAAAAAAAAUAGAAACAUUUUAUAUUUUCAAAACUAUAUUUCUGUUAACCCCUUCGCGUCCAACGUGGAAUAUAAAAACAUUAAAACAUGCGUUCUUUUAUUACGAUAUUUAUUAUAAGAAUGUUUUUAGAGGAUAAUUCUUAGGAAAAACGUCUUCUUUAGCAUUUCUAUAUGAAUUUCAAGUAUUUUCUAACUAGUAAAAACAAUUAAAUUCAUAAAGACUUAGGAAAAUAAAAAGCUUCACGUUAUGAUCCAAAAAACGCGAAAGGGUUAAUGAAUGAUCUCAAAGGAUAUAUCAUUCUCGUCUUCCUUGCUAACUUCUAUACGUAAACUUAAUGUCUAUCUUCAUCUAAGAAAAAUAUUUUAAAAAAAAAUUAAUUCUGAAAAAUAUUACAUUGCGAGUAGUUUAAAUUUUUAGAAAACUAAAACAUUAAAAAUGAAACUUUUUUCUAUCUACUUUCUCAUAUUUUCAUGAUCGUGACAAUAUUUUAGUCAUAAAAAUUAUUUUUCGUGAUGCAAGUGUUGUAUUCUUGUCAGGAAAUUUCUUUUCUGGCGAAUUUAGUCUAAGUAACAAGAAGUACUUCAGUUUAAUUUUCUCGUCUGAUUGAAGCAGAAGAGCAAUAUUUUAGCCGGGAAGAUAAAAAAAGUUAUUUAAAGUGCAAAAGAGAAAAUAAAUAAAAAGGAUAACUGAUAGAGAAGGAUUAAAGGAUUAAACAAACAAGGAUUGUGUGGCUAUAAAAGCACGAAAAGAUGGAAAUGAAGAUGAAAUUGUCAUUUCUUAUGAUCCUUCCGUAUUUUUCAAUUGCUGGCAAUAUCCUUGUACUUAUCCCCAUUCCAUCUAGAAGUCAUAUUGUGUGGAUAAAUUCCUUAACUGAUGUUCUAGCUGAAAGGGGGCAAAACAUUACGUUCUUAUCGUGUGAUAUUUAUGGGAAAAAAAUGCCAAAUAUUCAUCAUCUUGAAUUAGACGUGGCAAAAAGAGUGUAUGACGAAGAAUUUGGAAAAAUUGAUGCAUUUAAAUUGGGACAAGAAUUUCCAAUUUCUCAAUUCAUUAAUAUAACAAAAAAUGUUCACAUGGCCUGUACCCAAUCCACUGGAUAUCAACAACUCCUGGAGUAUCCUGAUGAUUUUAAGUUUGACUUAAUUAUCUAUGAAUAUUCUGAAAAAACAUUUUUAUUGCAAUUUGCUGAAAAGUUUGGUAAUCCCCCAAUUAUUGGUGCCACAUGUGUAGCUACACCAUUCACAAUUACCUUCUUACCGGGCAAUUUAAUUUCGCCAUCAUUUGUGGAAUUUAGAAUAGAAAGGAAUAGUAUGAGAUUGACGACAUUUUGGGGAAGAUUUGUGAAUUAUUUAAUAGUAUUUUCACUUGAAAUCUUAAGUCAAUACAAUGCUGUAUCGUUUGCCAGAGGAGAAUUAUUCCCAAAUAAAACGCAUCCUUUUGAAUUUGAAAAAAAAGUCAAACUCAUCCUUAUAAACAAACACCCUGCCUCGGAUGAAAUUGCACCACUUUGGCCACAUGUAAUUCCAGUUGGAGGACUUCAUAUUCAACCCCCUAAAGAUCUACCAAAAGAUCUUCUUAAAGAUAUUUUAGAUUCCGCUAAAGAUGGAGUGAUCCUUUUCUCUUUGGGAUCCGUUGUACAAAGUUCAAAGAUGGCACAAGAUCAUUUAACGGAAAUUGUGGAAGCUUUUCGUGCUCUACCGCAGUAUACGUUCCUCUGGAAGUACGAGAAGAGCUCAUUGCACGUUGAAAUACCUUCAAAUGUAAUAAUUCGCAAAUGGCUGCCACAGAAUGAUAUCCUGGCACAUCCGAAUUUGAAACUUUUCAUCACCCACGCUGGAAUUCUCAGUACACACGAAACAAUUUGGCAUGGUGUCCCUGCUCUAGGGCUUCCAGUCUUUUUGGAUCAAUUUAGCAAUAUAGAACAUUGCGUGAAGUCAGGAUUUGCCGAGGAAGAAGACAUAACGAAGAUCGAACGGAAUUCCUUCAGGAAACUCAUCGUCAAGAUGAUGAAUGACCCAAAAUACAAGGAGAACGCAAUGAUUUAUUCUCAACUCUUCAGGGAUCAGAUAGACAAUCCUCUUGAUCGAGCUGUUUGGUGGACAGAGUUUGUGAUGCGCCAUCCCAAUAUGACCUUCAUGAGCCCUCCUUAUGCAGAUGUUAGCCCAUUCAUCAGGCACUCAUGGGAUGUUCUAGCUUUCCUCUAUUUACUCUUUCUUAUUACUUUGUACAUAACUUUUAAAAUUAUUUCAUUCUUCGUAAGAAAAUGUAUUCAUAAAUAUCUAUGUAGCCAUAAUAGAAAGCCCAAAAAGGAAUAAAAAUCUCAUACUUUUAUAAAAAGAAA